AUGGUCCCUCAGGAGGGAUCUUUUUGCCACAUCGCAAAUCCGCACAGAUGUUGGCAAGAAAUCAAGCGCCGAAGCAUGUUGAGCUUUACACCUUCAAACCUACCGCCUUGCCUGUUCCAAAAGCAGUUUGAGCUUUGUGAUACCAUGCAGCUUCUUCUUGGAAAGGCUGAUGGCCCUUGCAUGCGCUGCCAGUACAUCAACACUACAAGCCCUGAUGGACGCUCAUUUGCUGGAGUUGGCAUGAGUAAGAUUCCUCUUCCUGAGAUCUUUCCUCCUGCUUCGCAGAUCUCCGUGGGAUGCAACGACACCUCCAGGAUGUUUGCCAGACUGCAACAUGGACUUCAAUGGGAAGGCCCUCGUGAAAGUGAGGCGGUCUUUACGUGUGUGAGCGGUGAGUGGAUUGGCGAACAGGGUCCUUGGCAGUAUUUGUUCAAUUUUACGUGUCAAAGAUGUAUUCAAGUUGGAGAUGCCAGCCUUCAGCGUUUGUCUUUGGUCUCGAUGCCAGAGAGAUACUUCUUGGAGCACAGGGUGGUGCAUGUGACCUACCCAUUCUCCAUCAACGGCUGCACUCGUGCCAGCGCAAAAACAGCCUCUCCCCUGGUGGCCACAGAGACCCACAUGUUCCUGGAUGUGGCAAAGGAUCAACACCUCCAACUGGAGGUGCUUGAACCUGAAUCGUUGUGGUGGAUUGAUUCAACAUCUGGCCACCUACGAGUGAGAUCCAAUGUGCUUGAUCCAAACAAGGAGUGGUGUGUUUGUGACGAUGGCCAUGCUUUGCAAGCCUGUUUGUGUGAUGAGUCAUUCCAGAAGAAAGACUUCUGGCUCUUCGAGCAGGGUGUUAUUCGAGCAUCCAGCGGCACAAAAUGCCUCCAAGCUGACAAGACAUUGGCAGUGGCGACUUGCCCAAACGGCCGCGAUCUGAAGUUUCUUUGGUACUUCAAAUUUGGGAAUUGUUUCUUUGGCUUUGAUCUGAGCAACACCGCGCAGAUGCUUUGGACAGCCACCGUUGAGACGGCGGCUGAGGCGUCGCCCUUGCGUUUGGGGAAUUUGGCCUUCAAGGAGACUCGAAGCGAAGGCGAAGGCUUGUUCCAGAUAUACCUCGAUUACCCUCCUGUCAAUGCCAAACUCUGCCUCCAUGCCGACUUGACGAUGAAAUUGGGCCAGGGGUACAUGAUGCAAGUCUCAUCCGACUGCCAAUCAACUUUCCUUUGGAGAGGAACCCAUAUAGCCUAUUUUCAUCUUGGGGAUUUGACGACCACCUACUACUUGCAGACCAUCGAGGACAAAGAUCAUCAGCUACGUUUGAUCGCCGCAAAGCAGACCACUCCUGGUCCCGAAUUCAACUUCGUGAUCUUGGGUGGCAAGAUCAUGCCAGCCUCCAGUGCCUCAGGUUCAAAGCAGUGCUUGCGAGCAAAGAGCAUGAAGCCAAGUACCGCCACCACCAGCAAUGGUCUUAGGAGCAUGGUAAUAGAGAAGGGCCAAGCCAGGAACUAUGCUGCCUGCAAGAGCUACGCCGAAUUCUCCGGCUUUGUCAAACAAGAUGGGUCGUGGAGCCAGGUUUGCCGGGAGUCUGGCUUCUUGCAUGCUGCGGAGCAGGCGAAGAAAGGUAUUUGGGGAUGUACAGCAUCCAUGUUUGUAGCCAGCUGCCAGUUUGGAGAUGUCUUCUCUGAAGUGACGUGGCCAAUUUCAAUAUCCCCGGCCGGUUUUAAGUACAGCUCUCCUGAUUGUGUCCCGCAGUGCGCCAGCCUUGGCUCUGCUUUUGUGAUGCCCAAUGCGAAGCCGCCAUUGCACACUUACCAAGCUCACUAUGACAAAAGCACCGGUUUCUUGAACAUGACUUGCCCUUCUGGCUCUUUCCUUUCACAAAUCACAGGGUCAGCGUCAGCAGAGACCAUCCAGUUUUACUUUGACUGCCGGGGGCCUUGGCCGGCUGUCUUACCGCCUGAUGUGAGCAGUCCGAACAUGGUGCUUUUUGAGGAAUGCAUGAGCGACAGUGAUGUGUACGUUUGGACCGAAACUUGGAGCUUGGAGAAGAUCGGCGCUCACUCAAACGCCUCCACGUGA